AUGAGACAACAAACACAACACAAGGGAUCCACUGAUGAAGAAGUCAUACAAUCAGACAUUGAAUCCAAUGAUGGCAUCGAUUGUGAUAUUAAUGUGGAAUCAGAUAACGAGACAAUUGACGGAACAGUUGAUGAAAGUGUUGUCACAAAUCAAACGCAAGACAUAACGAACGGUUGUCUCAAAGAGACGACAAUUCAAUUCAUAAAACUUCAGACAAAGGGUUUUGUGUCGAAGAAAACACUGAAUCAGACAUUGAUUCAAAUGAUGGCAUCGAUUGUGACAUUAAUUGUGAUUCAGAUAACGAGACAAUCGGUGGAAGUGUUGAUCAAAAUGAAGACAUGAAUGACAGACAAGACUUGAAUAUUAAUGAA